GAUAAAACUCUCGAUAGUUGGAUUCGGUGGCCAUUUUCGAUCAUUCACUCGAGCGUUCCUUUCCGGUCGGUCCUAGUUAGUGGUUGUGUCUUACUAAUUUUAGCUGAAACAUAAUCUUUCUCCAUCUUCCAUAAUGAAAAUUUACAAAGAUAUUAUUAGCGGAGAUGAGUUGUUCUCAGACUCAUUCAAAAUUAAGUUGAUUGAUGACGUCCUUUAUGAAGUGUACGGCAAGCUUAUUAUGAGGAAGCAAGGCGAAAUCCAUAUCGACGGUGCCAACCCCUCAGCUGAAGAAGCCUCUGAAGGUACCGACGAAGCAUGUGAAUCUGGUGUCGAUAUUGUGUUGAACCACAGAUUAGUUGAAUCUUAUGCUUUUGGAGACAAAAAAUCAUAUACUCUUUACCUUAAGGAUUACAUGAAGAAAAUUGUUGAGAAACUCCAAGAAACUAAACCCGAUGAAGUAGAAAUUUUCAAAACAAAUAUUAACAAAGUCAUGAAGGAACUUCUUGGCCGGUUUAAGGAAUUUCAAUUCUUCACCGGUGAAUCCAUGGAUUGCGAUGGUGCUAUUGGCAUCAUGGAAUAUCGUGAUAUAGACGGAGUAUCAACCCCGGUACUCAUGUUCAUCAAGCAAGGUCUUGAAGAAGAGAAAUUCUAAAUCAAUGUUAGCUAAUCGAAUAUUAAUACAAAAUUUAUAAAUUGGAACAAUAACUGCAAAUAUGCUGCCGUCAUAAGAAGUAAAUUUAAAUGGCUAAAUUGCUUAUCCCCUAUUCAAUUUAUUUAUAAUUAUUUUAAUUUUUUAUUAUUUUAUGUGUAAUUGUCAAAUCCUCAUUAUUUCAAAUCAAAUUUUUAUUUUGGAUGAAAUUAAUGAUUGAAAGUAAUUGUUUAUUAUAUAUAAGUAAUUAUAAAAAAGUAUGUAAUUGUAAAAAAUGGAAGAUGGGAAAGAAAUAUCGCAGUUAACUCCUAAUAAUACUUCCUCAGUUUUUAUAUUUUUUAGUAAAUUGAUAUACUUAAUCGAA